CCCCAGGAGGGCAAGCGAUACACUCCGCCCUCCGCGGCUCUCCUUUUCCUCCCAAGUUGCAUCCGCCCCCAUUUUCUUAUCACCACCGGGAAAGGGGGUUGGACCAGGCAGACGCUCACGGCAAAGAACUCUUUCGCACACAGAUAUUUCUCUUCGGGAGGGUUCACCCGGCGGGGCUGCUACCGCUUUGGGCCCAGAAAGCGAGACUUGGGGCCGAAGGAGAGCAGGGGAAGAAGAGGCUGAAGCGUUUGCCAUGGCUUGGCACCUUGGCUCGGGAGGACUGGGGAUUUUGCUGCUCUUGAACUGUGUAAUCUUUGGGAAUGGACUUGAUGUAGAGAUUCUCGGUGGCAGAAAUGACCAGCGCCAUCAUAUGGACAGCCACAUUAGACAAAAGCGGGAAUGGAUUGUCCCACCUGCAGUCAUCUGGGAAGAGCGUGACAACUCCAACAGGAAUCCAAUUGCUAAAAUACGAUCUGAUCGGGAACUUGAUUCAGGGGUAAUUAUUACUUACACCAUUUCUGGCCCAGGAGUUACAGAACCACCAUAUCAUUUGUUUGUGAUUAAUGGGAAAACUGGAGAACUAAACAUAACUCGAGUAGUUGAUCGGGAAAAAACACCAAUGUUCCAUGUGAAAGGGUAUGCAUUGGAUCAGCAUGGUAAUAACAUGGAAAAACCAUUAGACCUCAGAAUUAAAGUUUUGGACAUAAAUGACAACAGGCCAGUGUUUUCACAGGAAGUUUUUGUGGGUUCUGUUGAAGAAUUGUGUGAAGUAGGUACUCUUGUGAUGAAGAUAAGUGCAACUGAUGCAGAUGAGCCAAAUACCCUCAACUCCAAAAUUGCCUUCAAGCUUAUUUCUCAAGACCCUAGUUACCCUCCUGCAUUUGAAAUUAUCAAAGGAACAGGCGAGGUUCGGACUUCAAGAUUUCAACUUGACAGGGAGGUGCAAAGUAGCUACUCCUUAACUAUAGAAGCAAGAGACCGCGAUGGACAUGUAGAUGGGAAUGGUCAACAGACGACCGUACAGAUCAAGGUUUUAGAUGUCAAUGACAAUAUCCCUGUUUUUGAAAAAACCUUGUAUGAAGGGAGUGUCAAGGAAAAUACAGCUAAUGUGGAAAUUAUGCGAAUGAAGGUCUUUGACGACGAUGAGCAGUUCACCGAUAACUGGCUGGCAAACUUCACGUUUGUGUCUGGCAAUGAAGGAGGCUAUUUUCGUAUAGAAACAGAUUCGCAGACUAAUGAAGGGAUUUUGACUCUGGUUAAGGAAAUUAAUUAUGAAGAGCUGCAGCACAUUGAUUUGAAUAUUGUUGUUUCUAACAAAGCGGCAUAUCACAAAUCAAUAAUUACUCAGGGUAUCCAAGCAAAACCAAUUCCAGUUAAAAUUAAGGUGGAAAAUGUGAGGGAAGGCCCUGUAUUUAAGCCCCAAACGAUGAUCAUUAAAACAAGUGAAACAAUGAAAGUGAGCCAAGUGAUUGGACGUUUUCAAGCCUAUGAUGAAGAUACUGGAAAAAUAGCAGAACACAUCAGGUAUGCCAAAGAUCGUGACAUUGCAAACUGGUUUACAAUAGAUUCUAAAACGGCUGAAAUCAAACUUAUUCGAGUGCCUGACUAUGAAUCAUCUUUCAUUGUGAAUGGUAGUUACACAGCAACUAUUUUGGCUAUAAGUAAUGACCAACCUGCAAAAACGGCUACAGGUACCAUUGUUAUUCAAGUAGAGGAUACUAAUGACCACUGCCCGACUGUUGUGACUCCAAGGCAAAAUGUAUGUACUGAUGCAAAGUUCAUUAACAUCACUGUUGAGGAUCGAGAUGCUCAUCCAAAUGGUGGCCCUUUCACUUUCACUAUCAUCGAUGGGCCUGAAAGGAUGUCAGACAAGUGGAUAAUUGGCCGAGUGGAUGGAUCUAGAGCACAGCUUAUACCACAGGAUGUAAAGCAAGGCAUAUAUGACCUUCAACUCUUGGUGAAAGAUAACCAAGGUUUUAGCUGUCCUGAGCAUCAAAUUGUAAGACUGGACGUUUGUGAAUGUGCAGAAGGUGGUGGUUGCCAAGGAAGAUCCAUCGGCUCAUCAGUUAUGCUAGGACCUGGAGCGAUUGCGCUGAUAAUCCUGGCCUUGUUGCUACUGCUGCUUGUGCCUCUCUUACUGCUGGCCUGUGGCCUUGGGUCACAUGCUAAAAAAGGCUUUGCAGCAAUACCAGAUAACAGUGAAGAAAUGUUGCGCAACUGGAACAGUGAAGGGGCAGCCCCUGAAGACAAGGCCAUCCUAAACCUCAUGACUCCCGUGGACAACUCAGCCCUGAUGGUGGGCAGUGGAGCAGCAGGACUGGGCACAGGAGGUGCUGUGGGUGGCGGCAGCUCUUCUUCUGCAGUCAAAGAACAUUACAGUAAUGCCCAAACAGUCGAGAGACGGUGGGAAGAGCAAAGAGCACUUCUUUCUGGUGCAGGUUAUGGAGGCGUGGAGGUUGGAGGAGCCUCAGCCAUGGCAGGAGGAGGCACGGCAGCAGGGAAAACCAUGACAAUGGGUACCGGAAGGUCUGUGGCCAUGGAAGCUGCAGGAGUCACGAAUGAAGAAUUCUUAAGGAGCUACUUCACUGAAAAAGCAGAUGCUUUUGCCGACGAGGAUGAAGGGCACCUUGCAAAAGACUGCCUGCUUGUUUACUCUCAAGAGGAAGAAAGAGAAUCUCUCCACGGCUCUGUUGGCUGCUGCAGCUUUAUUGAGGAAGACUUUGAUGACCGUUUCCUGGAUGACUUGGGAGAUAAAUUUAAGACUCUGGCUGAGAUCUGCAUGGGAAAACGCAUCGGCACGGAAGCUGGACUGCACAGCUCUCAAGCCCUGAAAGAUUGGACUCAAAAUCCUGCAGCGAAGGAAUCGGGUGUGCAGUACUUGCAUCAGAAGAGUGCAGAGCACACCUACACUUCAGGCUCUAGCUACCAAGUACCUGAACCCAUGAAAGGCUUUGGUUCCGAAGCGGUGACUGAGGAAACAGUAACUGAGACUACCUUUGCGCCUAUGCCUGACAUGCAGCCAGUUAGGCCUAUACCCAAUCCUAUGGUUAGCAGCAGCAAUGUUGUAGUGACAGAAACAUCUUACGGGGCAAGCCCCCCACCAGUCACCUUUGACCCUCAGUUUAAAGAGAAUGUGGUAGUGACAGAGAGGGUGCUUGCACCAGCUUCUAACUUGUUAGAAAUGCCGACUGGAGUCUUUCCUGACCUUCCAGAUUCGAAAUACGUUGUUGUAAGAGAAAGGGAAAGGGUCCUUGUGCCUAGUUCCGAACUAAAGGGUUCCUUAAGCAUCCCUAAUUUAUCAGAAGGACAGAAUGUGGUAAUAACGGAGAGGGUAGUCACACCCACCCCUGGCAUGUGGAGCACAACAGAACAAGCCAUCUAUCCUGACAGUGAUAGACAGGAACAGAUCUUGAUCUCAGACCCUUUCUUUAACCAAGCCAGCACACAGGAAGCAGUUCCCCCUGGUUCUACCUUGAGCAAGUCCUCGAGGGUUAAAUACAGCUCUGUGCAGUAUACAUGCUCGUAGAUGGUAUACUUUCAUCCAUCAUUUACAUUUAACUUUGACGGGUUCAUGGUUUGGGUUUCCAAAGUAAAUUGCUUUACUUUCCUCUCAGUAGUUUCAGUACAAGAAAGCUCCCGUCACACCCAGAGAAAAGAUAUCAAGUUUAAGGAUGCAGUCCUAAACACGCUUUCUUGGAGUGUGCUGCACUGAAUACAGUACCACUUCUCAGUGAAAUAUUCAUAGGCUUGCACUGUAGAAGAACUAUUUGAACUGCAAAGCCAGAAAGAAUGUUACUAAUAAUUUUUUAAAAAACAGCCUGAGCCUAUGUAUGGUAUCAUAAAUUGCUAGGGCCUGGGUGAUGAUCCAGUGGAAGUCAAUUUGAUUUAGCUGGUUAUCAGCAAACUUUAAAUAGUUCUGUGUGAUCCUAAAAGACUUGCUUCAGGAUGCAGUUGCUCUUGGUUUUAAUUCCUAGUAAGUGUGUUUAGCAAUACAGUCCAUGGCCAUAUAUCAGAGUAUUCAAAUUUAACUUAGUCAUAUUGACUUCAGUUGUCUUGCAGUGCAAUCCUAAGCAUAUUUACUUGGAAGUAAGUUCAAUUGAAGUCAGUGGGGCUUACACACUACUAAAUGUGUUUAGGAUUGCAGCCUUAACAGUACAGUGUAGCUGAACUGGUUUGUUGCUCAGACUGUUUAAUAUCAAUAUGCCUGUUCUCUAGAAGAGUGGGUAUUUACCUUCAUUUUUAGGUUGCUUUUUAAACAAAUUUCCUUCUAUAGAUAUUCAAACCCUUGAAAAGCAAAGGUAAAUAUAAAGAGAGGUGGAGUGAAAAUAGGAAACCAAGCUAAUCUUGUUUCAUGUAUUUAACAGAUAUUGUACUCCUUUUACAAUGUGUAUGAUCAGCAUAUAGUUAGCACCAGUUACUUCUACUGGGCAGUACAAAACUUUAGCUUAAAACCAGAAAACACACACGUUCCUCUGACCUCUGAAUCAGGGAGCUUAAUAGUUCUAAGGUAUCCGUGGAACUCCACUCUCCACAAGGGCUGUCCAUUAAUUUCCAUGGAGACAGCUGAUCCUUGCGUACAUUCAUUUGUGUAUGCAGACUGGCUUUAUCCAUUGAAAUGAAUGGAAUCCACCCAUGAUACAUAUCCAUCUCUGGGUUGCAGGAGGGCUGCCUUUUUUCAAAAGACACCAACAUGUAAUAGCGAAAUAAUUUGUAUGUAGAUCUGUAUAGUACAAUCAAGUGUGAUGUAGCGGAGAGAGUGGUGGACUUGGACCAGGGAGAACUGCAUUCAAACCCUUUGUCCACUCAGUCAUGAUACUCCCAAGUGCCUUGUAUUUUUUUGUUGUUUGUAUCAAGCCCUUUGGAGUGUAGUGCCACUGAGCUAGUCAGUUUCUCUUCAUCUGCCGUGUACAUAUCUAUUGGAUCAUGAAAACCAAAGCAAAAAUGAAUGGGAUGAAAAUGUUUAUCAUGAUAAAUGUAUUUUAAUUUUUUUUAAAAAAAAAAAUAAACUUGGAUUUAAGAAACUUUUUAUAAGGCAGAAAACAGGACGUCACUUAUUUUAAGCUUCUGUUUUUAAUCCAGUUUCAUCUGUGGUUGGUUGUAUAACCAACUAACUGAACUAACAUUAAAACUGCGCUGGUAGCCUUCAGAGGACUUGCAGAUAAUUCCUAUUUUCCUUCUCAUCUGGAAUGGAAGUAUAACCGUGUGUUCAAUAGGUAAUCAUGACAUUUCUGGAUCUUAAACAUUGUGGUCUGUUUUAUUUUAAGUAACUAGACUUGGUUUUGCACUGAUUGUGAGAUUGGGGGCAGUUGUGCUAUAUUUUUCUUUUUUGUGGAAUUUCAAAUAAAAGAAAAAAUUAA